AUGUUCAGUUCUGUAUUCUGCUUUAUUAUGUAAUGUUGUAUAAAAGCAAUGUUAUUUCACAAUCAUUCAAUUGAUAAUGAUGUGUAAUACUUACAUAAUACACGCGUGUACCUAAACCGAAAGUAAAUACGAGAAUGACCUAGAACUUCAUCGGUGUUAUAUUUAGUAACGAGUGUAUUUAUCAAGGACGAUAGAUCGAAUAUGUAAAUACUUCCUAUUGCUACAUCAGAGGGGAAACAGUGUGUUUUCAUCAUGUUAAGGGAUAUUAUUUCUUCAAAUAAGAGGUGAAGGUCGAAUUUUAAGUUAAGAAAUGAUGGAACUGUAAAAAAAUUGGGCUAUAACGGGUUUCUGUAAUCGGUGUUAGUGACAUUUUCCUCAACAAAAUAUGCAUAGAUAAAAUAGUUAUGGACAGUGCACUGGAUAUGUUAAAUGUAGAACCAUUUAUUCGAAUAUGCAUAAAUUACCAUGGUCGAAUAUGAAUGUCUACCGGAAGAUUUUUUCUUAAGGUUUUUUCCUCGGAACCUCUCUUACUCAGAAGAGAGUUAUUUAGAUAAUUUUAGUACCUGCUCAUCAUAUGUUAAUAAACCCAAAAAUCCGCGGGUUUUUGAAUAUUUUCAAACCAGGCUUGAACCUGAAGCGGACUGGUUGCAGAUCAUGUGUGAUUCCGAGAAUCCAACCGACCAGCGACGUCGAAAUGUUGAUAAUGAUGGAGGGGAAGGGACAUCGGUUGACCCCGUUGUUAAGCCCAAAUGUGACGAAGAAGUGUCAGAAGAAGGAAUUUUCGUGAAUAUGAUGGAUGACCUUGAAUCAGUAGAGUCUCAGGAUAGCAGAGCUUCGGCCGGAAGUGACCCUAGUUACUUUUCAUUAGAUUCUGUCGCAUCUCCAGACGAAGCGGAAGAAAUAACUUCGUGUGAUCAAAAAUGUCUCUCGGAUGCAUUAAGUAAAGAAUUGGAAAAAUCUCUGAGUCUGAGACAAACUUCGUCAGACGGUGAAAUUCAACCCCCAGAGGAAUCCGUUAAAAGUGAAGUUUUAGCGAGCGAAAUGAAAAAGGCUGUUUCGGAGGAAAGUGUUUUGCCAGCAAAACUAGCUCAGCUUAAAAUAGAACGGCAGGGUGUUACGUUAGACUCGGGUGUUCAAAGAUAUUUACUUCAUGUUCCGGAUAGCCCUGUAUAUGAAGAGCCGGAAUUUAAUAUAAAUAAAGCAGAACUCCGGAAAUCUUCGUCACUGAAAACAAAUAAAACUCCACCUGGUACCCCAAGUCGUAAAAAGAUGGUUCGUUUCGCAGACGCAAUGGGUUUAGAUUUAGAAUCAAUACGUCACGUUAUCGACGCAGAGAAUCCCCCGAAAAUUCCGGCGUCGGCGAUUUCCGAUCUCAAAGUCGGUGUUGAGGAAGCUCGGCCAGAUGUUGGGAGUCGGUAUUUGGAUUUAUGUUUUUCUCAACCCUGUGUAGCGACUGAUUUCAUGGGGAAGGUAAUGGCUAAAAAAGUGUCGUUAGAAAAUUGUGUUAUCAAUGAUAUGAGUAUUACUGGUGUUGUACGUGUUGCUAACGUAGGUUAUCAUAAGUGUGUACGUGUGAGGUAUUCUAUUAAUAAUUGGGUAACAUUUUAUGACGUCAUGGCGUCAUACAUUCAAAAUUCGUGUGAUGGUGCAACAGACAGAUUUUCAUUUACAAUAGUGGCGCCAUCGAACGUUGGUCCCGGUUCGAAAAUUUCUUUUGCCGUUUCAUAUACAGUGAACGAUACAGUGUACUGGGACAGCAAUUAUGGGAAUAAUUAUGAAAUUCUGUGUUACGCCAAGACGACGCCGACGGACCUCGAAGCAAGCUGGGUUCACUUCGUUUAAUGUAUGUUUGUUUAUAGUCAUGUAUAAAUACCUUAGAUGCAAAAGUUGGUCAGAAACUGUCAGUAUAAUCUAUAUUGUAAGCAGACCGCCCUUUUCUAUUUAUUUAUUUUAAAGCUUACUUAAUACUAGCAGGAAGUUUAUUCUAUGUAUAAAUGUACAUAAAAUACAAAUAUCAUGGAAGCGGGGCAUUUUGAGAAUUAGGUUUUUGUUCCCAAAUUUAACUUCAAUUCUUUACCAAUAUUGUUUUGUUUCCAUUUUGCUUCUAAGUUGGGAACUUCUUCUAUUUAUUUAAGUUUAGAAUGCUCUUUUACUAAAAAUGAAAGGGAAAGAAAAGUUGAAUUGUUUUAAAAAUGCAUACAUUAUUGGAAAAAAAAUGUAUAUAUUCGCUAGUGUAAUAAAGAAUACUUGUUUUCAUUAUGUUAAAAGUUUAUAAUAACAUUUUCUAUGUGCCAUAGCUAAGACAAUAUGUUUUAUAUUAAUAUAAAGUACAAUCGACAUAUGGAUUAUAAUAUAUAUUAAUCGUUACAUAUGAAUGUUAAUAUGUUAAUGGUCAUGUAACAUAUGCAUGAUAAUAUAUUAAUCGUGACAUGUGGAUGAUAAUAUAUUAAUCGUUACAUAUGGAUGAUAAUAUAUUAAUCGUUACAUAUGGAUGAUACUAUAUUAAUCGUGACAUUGUCAGAACAUAGAUUAGAGAUCUAAUACCUCUACAAAAAUUCCAAGGUCAUUUUAGUGUCUAAAGGUUAACGCUACAUUGAGGGAUAUUUAUAUAUUUAUUUGUUUUUUCUUUUGUUUCGUUAUAUAUUUUUUAGUUUUUUUUUUUUGUUUUUGUUUUUUUAUAAUCUUAGCCAUAUCUAAAUACUUUGUACAUACUUUUUAUGCAGUUUAACUGAAUAUGUUGGUAAUUAACAUUUCAACUCUUAAAUCAAAGCGAGGUGUGUAUUCAAACUGACAGCCGAAAUCUGUGAUAAGAAGGUCAAUAUCCUAAGAUUCCCAAAGAUUAACAGAUUACUGUUUUUGUCUAAUCCCAUGUAGAAUGUAUAUAGAUGUAGUAGUAGUGAUAUUUAUAAAGUAUCUAACUAAUUGAACAUGUAUAGUGUUCUAAAAUACAAAAAUGUAGCUCUUAUACUUGUUAUACGCCUGUAUUUUGUAUGUAAGUUAUUUUUGAAUGUACACAUUUGUUUGUUUACGGCUUUUUUGCAUGUGCAAAAGAUUAACUAUGUACAUGUAUAUUUUAAAAUGAAGAUGUUACAGUUUAUGUAAUACAAAAUACAUAUGCAUUUCUGAGUUUCAUAUUUUUGUUACGUUUUGCAACAAAAUUUGCAUUUAUUUAGCAAUAUCUAGACAAACUCUUUAUUUUGAUUUGCAUAAUAAUUCGCUAGUUAGUGUAAUUUUCCAGCAUAAUAUAUUUUCAUUCGGUUCUUUUUCAAAAUACACAUAACAUUGUCACUUUAAAGUUCUUAGUUUCAACACAAUGAUUUUUACCCUAUACAUACCAACUUCUGUAAUGUGAUGAAGUUGAUAAAUUUAUACAUCAGAGAAAAACAUCAAAUGAGUGUCAAGGUAAAGGUUAUUAGACGCCAGAUAUGCAUUCGUCUAUUCAGCAAUGGGGAAAAAUUUAGUCUUGCUUUUGUCUUCUUUUUGUUUGUUUAAUAAUCACACUGUUUUCAUAUUAUCUAAUGAAGAAAGCUUUUCUAAUGUACAACAUGUGACAGAGCUUUAAGGAAUUAGAAUAAAAGUGUAACUGAAGUGACAGUGACAUGUUAGAAUAUCAUAUUCUUUAUAUUUUUAGUUUUUUUUUUAAAUUUAUUUCUACGGUUUUAUUUGAUGGUAAUAUUAAUGGCGAAUUUCACCUGGAAUUGAUAUUGCUGGCGUUUAUGACGCUAAGUGAUUCAGGUUCAGUUUUUUAUGACAUUGUUACAUUGCACUCUCAUAUGGAAAUGACUCCGUUCUUUACAGUUUAGUUUCAAACCCAUUUUUUUCAUUAAAGAAUAGGUUGUACAGUUGUUUCAAGAGGCAUAUUUAAUACCCGUGGCUUAUCGUGUAUCGCUAUUAUAGAUCAGGACAAUAAGUAAUUACUUGCAUGUGUUUAAUGUACAUUAAGUUGACAGCAAGGUUACGUGCAAGUUGACUGCUUGGUCACGUGUAAGUUGACUGUUUGGUCACGUGUAAAUUGACAGCAAGGUUACGUGCAAGUUGACUGCUUGGUCACUGUAAAUUGACUGCUUGGUCACGUGUUAAUUGACAGCAAGGUUACGUGUAAGUUGUCUGGAUGGUCACGUGCAAGUUGACUGCUUGGUCACGUGUAAGUUGACUGCUUGGUUGGUUACGUGUAAGUUGACUGCUUGGUUACCUGUAAGUUGACUGCUUGGUCACAUGUAAGUUGACUGCAUGGUUACGUGUAAGUUGACUGCUUGGUCACGUGCAAGUUGACUGCUUGGUUACGUGCAAGUUGACUGCAUGGUUACCUGUAAGUUGACUGCUUGGACACGUGCAAGUUGACUGCUUGGUCACGGUGUAAACUGUAUCAUUUACUGCAAGUCUUUACGAUUAUUUGUUUAAUUACAAGCAUGUUUUACUUCCGAUCACUGUAUCAUUUAUUGCAAUUCAAAUUGUAUCAUCUUUUGCGGUCACAGGAAGGAGAUAAUUUUGUAAAAGAAAGUUACAUUACAUUGUCUCAGUUUCUUUGCUAAAAUGCACCAAUAGGGAGAAAAGUUGGACCACAUAUAUAACAUAUGUCAGCUAGGUAACGUACACGAAGUCGUAGCAUUCCAGAGUAACAGGUGAUUCCAUGCAUUAAGUCAGUUACCAAUUUAUCACACACACGAACACGAUACUGGCGGAUUGCAUUCAUUCUUUUUACACGUGAACACCGUGUGUUGAGCAAAUCCUGGACGUGCUUGUUCCGUGGUUAACUAGGAUGUUGACCUUAUUUUAAAUUCUUAAAAUUAAUUAUUUUGUGACUGACAGUAUAACUAAUUUUGAGAAGUGUUUAACUGUAUUUAUGCUUAUAUGAAUCAAUAUAGAAUUAUGCUUGGUUUUCAUUCCUCAUUGAGUCAAUAUCUGCCGAGCUAUUAUCUGAUCUACAGGUACACAAGUACUUGGAAAAUUUAGGUCAUACGAGCAUACUUUGUUUAACCUUUUGUUCAAAUAUACAUUAGGAAACAUUUAAAUCAGUGUUAUAUUUCAUUUUUGCUGACCCAUAUAGAAAAUAAUUAUAGAUUUAUCGUAUAUUCAUGCAAGGUAGAAUGAAUAUCAGUUAAUUAUUUACUAUAAUAGAUAAUAAUUUUAUUUUAUCUUGAUUGAUGAAUACAUAUAGUAUGUUCUCAUUUUACCUAGACUCUGAUAUUAUGUUGUUACAUUUCAAAUUUACAUUGAUGUUACUGAUUGUUUAAUUUAAGUUAAUAGUAGAUAUAAGGUACAAAAAAUUACUUGAUGAAUAUUAAACGGUAAUAAAACUAAAGUUUGUAUAGAUGUGACUUGACAAUCCAAAAGCAUGCAGUGCCGUUAAUUUCAUUGUACAAAUGUACUAAUUUUUAUAUAAAACCAGUGUCUAUUCUAGGAUUUAAAAAAACGCCGGGGGUGGGGGGUUAUCGAAAAGUAAGAAUUCAUUACAUUUGUUGAUCUUUUUUCUUCUUUCUCGAGCUCUAUGUAAAAGUUUCCCCCUGCCUCUGAAAAAAUAGGGGGGGGGGGAGAUUUUCAAAGGUAUGAGUGAAUCCCCCCAUCCCCCAUUCUAGAAUAGACACUGUAAAACACAGUUCUGGUGUAUGUUCUAUAUCUUUACAACUGGCCCAUUUAUCACCAUUUAAAUGUGUUGUGUAUAUUUGUCUUGAAAGUAGGACACAAACAAUAAAUACUUUAGAUCAAGGACGUACAAGGUCUGAUGAAAGACCGUUUUACCUGAUUAUAUGUAUUUGAGGUCAAGCACUUAUGUUUGAAUAUGACAUGUUUGUAAAAUAGUAGAAAGUUUAACGAUGAGCAUUUAUUUGUUUUUUUCUUAAUAUGCCAAAGGCGUGCAUGCCUUUGCAUGACGUAGAUUUUCAAGAGUAAAGUUAUUAAUUUUAAGCUUAAUUCAGUUAAAUCUUCAAAUUAUCAUAACAUAAAAAGAUAGCGUUGUCUUUGUCUGGUGUCUUGUAAUUAAUCAAAUAUUAUAUUUCAUAAUAGAGUAGAAAGUUUAAGGACCUUUUUGCACUUUAUUUUAGUAAUAUUUUUUUGUUUUGUUUUGUUAUGUUAAAAUAAUGAGAUUAUUUUGCAUGAAUUCCACGUUCAAAUUAAUGACCGUUUUAUUCAUAUGUAAAUUGUAUACCUAGAGAAAUCAUUUCUAGACAGUUUGGUGCAUAAUGUCUGAUACUUUUGUUCUAACUUGGAGAGAAAACAAAUAGUAUGUACAUAUAAAUAGAUCUAUGCUAAUGGUAAAAGCAGAUAUAAUGUCAUUUACAGUUAAACCUGUGUAGGAAAUCACCAAUUAUUUAUUGUCAUGUAUCGUUUAACCUGUUUUGGUUUUUGGAAAACCACCUAUCAAACAAAUGAACCGCAACUGAUAAAUCUGAAUCAAAUAACCGCGAUAAAAUUGAUGAUUCUUUGAAAAUUCAAAUAAUUUAGUAAGUUAACGAUACAAAGAAAUCUUCAUUCAAUAUACAUUACUUCCUUGAUCCACUGUAGCUAGUAAUUUAUAGGUGGAAAUUCGUAUAUUUAGUAAUGAUUGUCCACGAAAUUGUAGUAUCAUAUCUUUGAACACGUCAUGUUUAUACUUUAUUCUCGGUAAAAUUUGGUUAACGACUAUUUGUGUUAAGAUAUAAUGUUGAUUAACAGAAACAGUGUCAGAUCUGUUGUUUUGUUGGUUCCGUAGUUUCACUCUCGUGGGUGCCUGUGGCAAUAUGUGGAUAUGCUCCUAGAGUCUAUUACAAAAAAAAUCGCAAUAUUUAGAAUAACCCUUAUUUCAGAAAGAUUUUUAUUCCUUUCUUUUAUACCAUUCGAAUGACAGUAUAUUUUAGUAGGAUGAAAGUAAUUGAUGUUUUCAAUAGCGAAAUGGCGUAUGCAUUUCAUGUAUUAGAAAUGAAUCUAAGAUGGGAUCGAAUGCCACAAUCCUAUUUCAAAAUAUGACCUUUUGAUAGGUCAAUCUUAAUAAUCGACCAAUCAGAUCAGGUCAAUCUUAAUAAUCAACCAAUCAGAUCAGGUCAAUCUUUAUAAUCAACCCAGCAGAUCAGGUCAAUCUAAAUAAUCAACCAAUCAGAAAAGGUCAAUCUUAAUAAUCAACCAAUCGGAGAAGGUCAUCUAAAUAAUCAACCAAUCGGAGAAGGUCAAACUUAAUAAUCAACAAAUCGGGUCCUAGAGGGUUUGAGCUGUAUAUACAUUUGCAUUAUGCUUGUGGCGAAGUUGUGAGAUGUUACGACAAACGUCGGUAACAAACCGGUGUAAAGAUAAGAAUAACUACCCAGUAGUUUAACCUUAAGCUAGUUGUAUAUUAAAAAUGUUUACUUUACGUACACGCACAUAAUAUAUACAUGUACAUAUGAUACAUUUUAAAUGUACUGGAAAAUAUUCAUAUUAUAUUAUAUCAUUUGUGUUCAUAUUUUACCUUAGAUAAUACAUUGUGUAAUAACGUGUAUAACGUGUAUUCUAUUAUUUUUCUUGGCCUCGAAAUGGUGCAUUUUAAAAAUUGCGUCUGUUUGAAGGAGAAAUCAUGUUUAAUUAAAAAAAGAAUUCAAACAUAAACCGAUAGCAAGUUUGCAAUUGAGGGAAAUAAUUUAAGUGUCUUUUGUAAUAACUUUUGUUUCUGUUGAUGUGUAUUUAUUUGUUGCAAUUUAGCAGCCGUUUUUUAGCUCGACUAUUCGCAGAAUAAUCGAGCUAAUGCAGUCACCCAUUUGUCGGCGUCGGCGUCGGCGUCGGCGUCCCUGUGGUUAAGUUUUUGUAUGUAAGCUGGUAUCUCCAUAACUACUGAAGGGAAUGGAUUGAAACUUCACACACUUGUUCUCUGUGAUUAUCUAAGAUGAUUGGCACAAGUCCCAUAACUCUGAUUUGCUUUUUUUCAUAAUUAUGCCCCUUUUUCGACUUAGAAAUUCUUGGUUAAGUUUUUGUAUGUAAGCUGGUAUCUCCAUAACUACUGAAGGGAAUGGAUUGAAACUUCACACACUUGUUCUCUGUGAUUAUCUAAGAUGAUUGGCACAAGUCCCAUAACUCUGAUUUGCUUUUUUUCAUAAUUAUGCCCCUUUUUCGACUUAGAAAUUCUUGGUUAAUUUUUGUAUGUAAGCUGGUAUCUCCAUAACUACUGAAGGGAAUGGAUUGAAACUUCACACACUUGUUCUCUGUGAUUAUCUAAGAUGAUUGGCACAAGUCCCAUAACUCUGAUUUGCUUUUUUUCAUAAUUAUGCCCCUUUUUCGACUUAGAAAUUCUUGGUUAAGUUUUUGUAUGUAAGCUGGUAUCUCAUAACUACUGAAGGGAAUGGAUUGAAACUUCACACACUUGUUCUCUGUGAUUAUCUAAGAUGAUUGGCACAAGUCCCAUAACUCUGAUUUGCUUUUUUUCAUAAUUAUGCCCCUUUUUCGACUUAGAAAUUCUUGGUUAAGUUUUUGUAUGUAAGCUGGUAUCUCCAUAACUACUGAAGGGAAUGGAUUGAAACUUCACACACUUGUUCUCUGUGAUUAUCUAAGAUGAUUGGCACAAGUCCAUAACUCUGAUUUGCUUUUUUUCAUAAUUAUGCCCCUUUUUUCGACUUAGAAAUUCUUGGUUAAGUUUUUGUAUGUAAGCUGGUAUCUCCAUAACUACUGAAGGGAAUGGAUUGAAACUUCACACACUUGUUCUCUGUGAUUAUCUAAGAUGAUUGGCACAAGUCCCAUAACUCUGAUUUGCUUUUUUUCAUAAUUAUGCCCCUUUUUCGACUUAAAAAUUCUUGGUUAAGUUUUUGCAUGUAAGCUGGUAUCUCCAUAACUACUGAAGGGAAUGGAUUGAAACUUCACACACUUGUUCUCUGUGAUUAUCUAAGAUGAUUGGCACAAGUCCCAUAACUCUGAUUUGCUUUUUUUUCAUAAUUAUGCCCUUUUUCGACUUAGAAAUUCUUGGUUAAGUUUUUGUAUGUAAGCUGGUAUCUCCAUAACUACUGAAGGGAAUGGAUUGAAACUUCACACACUUGUUCUCUGUGAUUAUCUUAGAUGAUUGGCACAAGUCCCAUAACUCUGGUUUUUUGUUUUUCAUAAUUACGCCCCUUUUUCGACUUAGAAAUUCUUGGUUAAGUUUUUGCAUGUAAGCUGGUAUCUCCAUAACUACUGAAGGGAAUGGAUUGAAACUUCACACACUUGUUCUCUGUGAUUAUCUAAGAUGAUUAGUACAAGUCCCAUAACUCUGAUUUGCUUCUUUGCAUAAUUAUGCCCCUUUUUCGACUCAUGAAUUCUUGGUUAAGUUUUUGCAUGUAAGCUUGUAUCUCCAUACUUACUGAAGGGAAUGUAUUGAAACUUGAAGAGUUUGUACCUUUUCGGACAAUUUUAUGUAUUCAUAUAGGUAAGCAUUAUUAUACUCAAUGAAACACCCUUGUGACAAAUUUUCGAAUAGUCGAGCGUUACUGUCCUCCGACAGUUCUUGUUAGAUCUUAUAAUUUGGGGUCAUACAGAAAGACUGAAGUAUGAUUGUAGGACUUAUACCUCGAAUUUGAUAUACCAUUUAUAAUUUGAAAAGAGAACAAAAUGUACAAGUGUGAACAAAUCCCUCAAAGGUGCUAUAUACAUGUAUAAGACCUCUAAUGAUAUCUAGUCUUGAGCUGAAACGUUGAACAUGCUUUAUUGAAACUUAGAUAUUAACAUAUUUUGUAUGAUUUAUGUACUCGCUGCACACUAUAAUGUGUUUUUCUUUUGUCACGGACUGUGAUUGUAAAAUCACUAUAAUUUCAAUUAUUAUCGGUUUAAUUUAGUAGAAUUAUUGUUUUCUGCACAAAAUCCAAAAUACUUGGUUACUUAAUCGGAGUUAUUAAAUGUUUGUAGACAUUUUUUUCAUUAUUUCUGUCGUUUUGAUCUACAAAGAUGUAGUAGUACCUAGAUUUUGUUAUAGAUAUUAAAUAAUUAGUUUCGUUACCUUUUGUUAAUUUUUAAUAGUUUGUGUAAAUUUUACUUUUCCAUUUUGCGACAUAGGAGUGCCGCUUUAAUUUAGAGAUAUAAUGGAUAUAAUGUAUUUUGUAUUUUGUUGUUAAAAGAUGAAAGCACGAGAAGUAUGUGUCUCAUUUUGAGGGUAUGUUGUAUGUUGAGGGGGCGUGGUCAUCCUGAGGGGGUGUGUCGUAUCAGAUAUGUUUGUGAAAGUUUUGUAUUAAGAACUUUUACAUUGUUGUUAUUGCAAAAAUAAAUGUGAAAAUACUUGAAAAA